AUGGCCCUCGCAAUCGCCACGACUGUGCUGAACCCUGCUUCCAACUUCGUCGCCUGGUUAGACUACCACCUGCAGCGCUGCGAUGUCAUCCUUCUCUAUCUCGAUGAUCCCGCGAAGCAGCCCAUAUUCGAGCAGCUGUGUGGCGAUCGGCGCGUGAGACUAUUUGCGGGCGCGACGGAUGCACCGACUAUGUCUCCACCAAACCGACUUAUGCUCCGCCAAAUCAGCAACCUCAAGCACGCCAUUGCCCUAUUGCUUCAUCCGCAGCAACUGCGUGAGCUGCAGGAUGGAGGCGGGGCCGGAGAAGCGGACGCAAAGCACGCACGUAACGCUCGGUCCAAAGACGUGCAGCGCGACGAGAGCGACAGUCAUGAUGCUGGGUGGUUAUUGCAUAUCGACCAGGACAAGAUUCUGUACGAAGAUGCAGAUAAUACAACCACAACCAGUAGCGGCAGUAGCUGGCGCACACGCUCAAAUGUCGGACACGUCGUCUUCACCAACCAUGAAGCCAUUCCUGUAGCACAAGAGUCGCAAGACCCUUUCAUCGACUGCAUCUGGUUCACCCUCAACCAAAACAGCGUCCCAUUCAUGGCAUACGGGAACGGCAAGCCUGCCCUACGGAUUAGUCCUGGCGUCGAGCCCGACGGUGUACAUCGUUUCAAAGGCUACCAAGGAAGCGCUAUUACCCUGCCUAUCAGGACGACAGCGGGAGGAACAGAAGAGCAGCCUGUGCUGCUGCACUAUCCGUAUCCGAGCUUCAUGAUGUGGGCGGCAAAGUUUCGCUUGUAUGGUGCCUUUUCCAAUUAUUGGCUCGACGAGGAGAAUUGCCCCGAUAUGCUGGUCUUCAUGCUCGAGUCCCGCGACGUCAUCCAAGCGGCUAUAGCGCGCGAUGAUUGGACCAACGCCAAGCAUUUUUCGAAGCGAGGGUUCUUAGCCAGGCAGCAAUCAAACAAGGUUUGGACGCUGGCAUGA